AUGAGCCGCAGCCCUGAGAGGAUCUCAUCCUACCGCCGUCACUUCGAGGACAGCAGCAGCUCGUCCUACCAGGUCAGGGUGUCCAGCCCAUCCCCCACCAGGAGAGAUGCCCGUCAUGCUUCUGCUGGCUACCCCUGCAGAGCCGGGGCCGGCACCAUGCGUGUGGAUGCAAUGGGACGAAGGACUGCCUCAGCUGCACGCAAGACUCGCAUGGUUGGAGCAGGUGUGGGUGUAGGAGCCUUGGUCUGUGUUGGGCCAAAUGGAGAACCCGCUGUAGAUCUGGAUGUGGCUGCAGCUGAAAACCAACAAUUCCUCAGCACCCGCACCACUGAAAGACAGGAGAUGAUCAUCCUCAAUGACAGACUGGCUGUAUACAUUAACAAGGUUCGAUCACUUGAGCAGCAGAACAAGCUGUUGGAAGCAGAGAUCCAGGCCUACCAGAACCGCUUUGAGAGUCCAACCGGUCUGCGCCUCCUGUAUGAGGAACAGCUGAGAGAGCUGAAAAAGAUUGCUGACCAGAUGAGAGUUCAGCGGGACAUUUCCUUGGCGGCUAAGGACUCCACAGCUGCUCAACUAGAGGCAAUCAAAAUCAAAUAUGAGGAGGCAGUGGAGCUGAGGAAGAAAGCUGAGUUAGAAAUCGAAGCCUUCCGUCCAGAUGUUGACAAAGCCACCUCCUCGCGCAUUGCUUUGGAGAAGAAGCUGGAGCAGCUGGAAGUUGAAAUUGAAUUCCUGAAACGGGUCCAUCAGCAGGAAAUUGAUGAGCUCAUGAAACAAAUCUACGCAGCUCAUGUCUCAGCUCAGAGUGCAUUCACCCUACCUGACCUGGCAGCUGCUUUGAAGCAAAUCCAAGCCCAGUAUGACGACAUUGCAGCCAAAAAUCUCCAGGAGAUGGAUUCAUGGUAUAAAAACAAGUUUGAAGAUCUGACCAGUAAGACAUCAAGGCACGUGGAUAGGGUUCGAGGCAUUCGGGAUGAAAUAGCAGGCGCCAAAAAGGAUAUCCAAAGCAAAGAUCGUGAGUUGGAUGCCUUGAGGAGCAGGAAUGAAGCUCUUGAGGCCAAGAUCCGAGAGGCACAAGAGAGGUACAAGAAGGAACUGGAAGACCUGCAGGCCCAGAUUGAGGCCCUGCAGCUUGAGCUGAAAUCCACUAAGGAAAAAAUUGCGCUGCACCUGCGUGAGUACCAGGAGCUCCUGAAUAUCAAGAUGGCUCUGGAGAUUGAGAUUACAACAUACAGAAAACUAAUUGAGGGAGAGGAUCUGCGGCUCUCUGGCAUGAUGCAAACCCUGUCUCUUGCCAGCUGUAGCAUGAGCGCCAUUGGUGGUGGGAUGAGCUCCAGUGGAGGAGGAAUGGGUGGGGUUGGUGGUGUUGGUGGCAUGGGUGGCGGAAUGAUGGAAGGUAGUGGUGGAGGUGUUGGAGGCAUGGGGAGUGGAGUAGGAAUGGGGGGGUUCUCAGGUGCAGGAGGCAUGGGCACAGGUUCAGGCAAUCUUGCUGGAGGAAUGGGUAGAAGAAUGGGUGCUGGAGGUCCUGAUGACAAGACGGGUCCUACUGGUAGGGCAGGAGGGGCAGACAUUGGUGGUAGUCAUAGAUUUGGAGCUGGGGGUGUAGGUGUAGGAGCUGGCACAGGGGGUGUGGGUACUGGUGGAGGAGUGGGUGCUGGAGGAAUGAGUGGUGUGGGUGCUGGGGCUGGAGGAGUGGGCACUGGGGCUGGAGGUGUAGGCACUGGUGCUGGAGGAGUGGGCGCUGGGGCUGGAGGUGUGGGUGUUGGUGGAACUUUGGGAUUUGGCGCCGGAGGCAUGGGUGACAGUGGCGUGGGUGGUGUUGGAAUGGGUGUAGGUAGUGGUGCUGCAAGUUCAGCUGGCAUAGGUGGCACUGGUACAGGGUUCAGUGGAGAAAUUGGUGGUGUUGGUGGAGGAACGGGUGGUGGAAUUGGUGGAGGUAUAGAUGGGGAUGGAGGUAAAGAUCGUGGAAUGGGUCAUGCUGGAAUAGGCAGUGGAGGAACUGAGGGUGUGGGUGGAGAUGUUGCACUUUCAGGCAUUGGCGGAAAGGGGAAGAUUGGUGGAGGAAUGGGUGGCACUAUCGGUACCGGGAUGGGAUAUGGAUCCAAUGGAUAUGACGACAACAAUGAGCCCUAUGCAGAGCAGGCUGUGGAGCUGACGGAGAGGAGGACGGUGCUCAUUAGAACAGUUAGAAAUGAGGACGAUGAUGUGGUGGAGAUGGACCACCAGGAACAAACCUACACCAUCUCCGGCGCAGCCGAUGACUCUGACGAGGAAUGAGCAGCACAAAUUCCCAAAUGACCUCCUCCCGCCCUUAAACCACCACGCCCCUCUGAGCUUUGCACUGACCAGAGCCCAUGUCUGGGCAUUGACCUUCGCCCUUUGCCCUGGACAAGAAGAC